AUGGGAGACUUUAAUGCUAAAAUUGGAAUGCCAUUGCCCGAUGAAAAAUUAAUAAUGAAGAAUUACGGCUACGGAAUAAGAAAUAUUCGAGGUGAGAGACUAAUUGAGUUUGCUUACGAAAACAAGCUAUCAGUCAUAAAUACAUUUUUCAAAAAGAAAACCAGAAAUAGAUGGACGUGGAGAUCACCAGAUGGAAAAACUAAAAACGAACUUGAUUAUAUUCUAUCUAACUUUCCUAGAAACUUUUAUAACAUCGAAGUCCUUAAUAUAACGUUUCCAUCUGAUCACAGACCACUAAGAGCUACAGUUAAAAUACGGAUGCCUAAAAAAAGCAGAGCGACCUUCAACAAUAAUGUAACCAUACCUUUAAAAACGGACGCCCAGAUAUCCACCUACCUGACAUCUCUACAUGACAAUUUAUACAAACUCGCAAAAGAUGAAACACAACUUACGGUCCAAGAAUAUCAUGACCAAAUAAUAAACAUAAUUCAAACCAGCCUUAAAAAAGCCAACUGCGACUCUGAAAAACCAUCUAUAAUGACCAAUCGAACACGACAGUUAAUAUCACGACGACAUGAACUCCAUAAUAAGAAACCAAAGACACGAAGUAUGAAAAACGAGCUUAAAGCGCUUUACAAAAUAAUUAGCAAAUACAUUAAAUAUGACUAUAGCAGUUUCAGAUCUCGCACAAUAGAGAAACACCUAAAUUCAACUGGCAGUUUAAAACGAGCAUACAAAGAAUUACGGACUCACAAAAAUUGGAUAGAAGGGCUCCAAAAUCAAGAUAAAAUAUGUAACAGUAGAGACGCCAUAUUAAAUAUUGCAACAUCUUUUUACAAAGAUUUAUACAAUUGCCCUACAAAUACACAGACAAACAAUUUAGAAAAACUUACCAAUAUGGACUAUUCAGGAGGAAUAGAGCCAAUUAAAGAAGCUGAGAUACUCUAUCAUAUUAAGAGAAUGAAAUCAGAGAAAAGUCCAGGCACUGAUAAAAUAACCAACGAAGCCAUCAAGAAGGCUUUCGAUACUCUAUCACAUGCUUCGAUAUGGGAAACUCUAUUAUCUCAAAACGUUGAUAUAACCUAUAUCAAAAUAUUGAAACAUAUUUACGAAAAAUGCCAAAGCAGAGUACAAUUGGAGAGCAUAGGACCACCUGUAAAAAUAAAACGAGGAGUCAGACAGGGUGACCCUCUCUCGCCCAGAAUUUUUAUAGGAGUUUUGGAACAUGUGAUCAGCGGACUUGAUUGGAAUCAAAUGGGAUUAAAUAUUAAAGGAAAAUACCUGUCACAUCUAAGAUUCGCUGAUGACAUCGUCCUUAUGUCUGAAAGUAGUAAAAAAUUGGAAUACAUGAUAUCAACCCUACAUGAAGCUAGUAAAACAGUUGGGCUUGAAAUAAAUCUAAAUAAAACAAAAAUUAUAACAAACAGCAUAGUUAAUCCUAUAAAAUUAAACAACAUUCAUUUUGAGUACGUAGAUAGCUACAUUUACCUCGGAAAACAAAUAUCCUUCAAAGCACAAAAUAAUGACCAAGAAAUCACAAGAAGAAUUAAAAAAACCUGGAGCAAGUUUUGGAGCUAUAAAGAAGUUCUAAAAGGACAUUUCUCUGUGAAUUUGAAAAGAAAAAUAAUGAAUACAUGUCUUCUGCCUUCUUUAACCUAUGCAUGUCAAACAUGGAAAUUUACAUCUAAAGCCAAACAUAAAAUUAAAACAACUCAGAGAGCCAUGGAAAGAAGCAUGUUAAAGAUCAGAAAAAUGCAGAAAAUAAGGCACACAAUUAUUAGAGAGAAGUCAGAAGUGAUCGACGCAUUAAACUUCGCUAUGAAAUUAAAAUGGAAAUGGGCUGGACAUGUAUCUAGAUUAACUGACGAAAGAUGGACGAAACGAGUUACAGAGUGGACAGGUCCGCAAGGCUACAGAAGAGUAGGAAGACCACUUACGAGAUGGGCUGACGACUUAACACACACCGCAGGCCGAGACUGGCUAAACAUAGCUAAAGAUAGAGACACGUGGCAUUCUCUGGAGGAGGCCUUUACCUGA